UACUUAAGAAUUAAGAAUACUAUUUUCCUAGUCUAGACGCCGUGGCAAUGAAAUAUGCAUUUUAUUAAAAUUAUGAGUUUUUUUUAGUAAAACAUUAUAUUUUUCUUAAAAUCUGCCUCCGUUUGCUUCUACUACUCGUAGAGUAAGGAAAAGUAUUAAAACUAUAAUAAUAAUAUUAUAUUCAAUGUUAAUCCAAAUGUGCCUAUUUCAGAAUUUUAAAAUAUAGAUUUAAAUAUAUAUUUAGCUAACGAAAUCAUCGAAUGGCGAGCUAAUAGUUUGAACAGAAAAAAAAAACAUUUGAGAUAGAAAAAAAACAACGAUAGAAUGGGAGCUUCAAUUUGAAUAGUAGUUGUGAUUAAAACAUAAAUAAAUAAGUAACUUAAUAAAUAAUAUUGUAUUGGAAAUGUUUGCCCUCCAUACUAGUGCCAAUUUCUCGAAAAAGUUUCAGAAAUUUUCAUAGAUCAAUAAUGAAUAUUAUAUCAAAGUUUUUUUUAACAGUAUUACUUUUUGAUUUAAUAUGCGUUUAAUUUCUUCUCACAUUAUAUUCUUCUUCUCUUUCCAAUCUAUAGAACUUAUAACUCUGUAUAAUAAAGUCUACCUAAUAUUAUUAUGUUUUUCUGCAAAAACUGUGCAAAUUUUUGGAACUUACGCAGAAAUAUAUUUAAAAAGAGUUGUAGAGAUCUUAAAUGUAAUGUAAGAUAUUCUUCUGGCAUGAAGACUACUUUAUUUACUUACUUCUUUUUAUUUAAAGGCAAAUAAGUUUAUUUCCCCAAUGUCUCUAGUUUUCUGUACAUAAUGAAUGAUUUUGAUAAACAUUAUAUUUAUUUCAAUUUAUUUUCUUUGAAAACUUUCAUUGAGUAAAAAUUGUAAACUCGUUUUUUUAUUAUAUAUUUUUUAAAUCAGAGAAAAUGUUGUUCCUAAUGCAUAAGAUAAAAAUACAAUAACUUUAUACAAUUAAAUAGUUACCUAACAAUUAAUAUUAGGGGAAAGCUGUUCUUGAAAGAUUUAGAAAAAUAAAAAUAUAAGAAUGAUUUAUGAGUAUUUAAUUCGUAUUUAUAGUAAGUGUAAGCCAUUAUUAUUAAUCAGGUAUCGUUCUACAUAAUUAUGGAAUCUAAGGACCGGUGUAAUUUUGAAUUUUAAUUUCGUUUAAGUAUUUCAUGUCUGGCUCUAGUGUAUUUAGGCUUAUUUCAUUGCUAAGAUUCAUCAAAACUGGUUCAGUUGUUUAAAAUAAUUGUCAUCUAGGUACUUUUGAGCGGUCAUUUUAUGAAAGUGCUUUAUGCCACACGGUGCAAUAUGUUAUCGAAUAAAAUCCGAUAGCUUCGUUAGGUUUUAAAAGGCAAUAACAUAAAAAAUAUCACUAAUGGUUCGUUAGAGAAAUACUUUAAUUGGUGCACAGUCGCGGGAGGGCCGUGGCACAAAGAAGAAGGCAAUAUUUCACAAAUAAUAAGGAGAUGCAGAUUUUUACAGGAUAUGUUUUUUUUAUGUUAUGCCACUUUAUACCGUGGGCCACGGCCAGUGGCGAGCUGUCGUCGAUGCAAAUGCUCGCCCGCCUUGCUUUUAUAACUGUGGACAACGUAAGUAUUCGGUUUGGUUUUUACCUACCACUAGUUAAAUAAUUAAUAGGUACGUUUACUUUGACUAGAUUUAUUAAUUCAAUUCUUUUUUUCUAUAUUUUUUUAAAUGCCUUUUCAACUACCUAGAUAAGGACAGGGUUUUUGGGUAGGAGGCCUAGGUACUGGAGCGUUCCUACUGUAGUAAUUCAUAUGUCAAUGUAAUCAUUUUUAAGUGGUUCAAUGUUUAAUUUAUGAGUUCAGUCUACAACCAUUUGGAAAUUCUGUCUAUGUGAAGAAAAAAAUGCGAAAAUUUGCAUUAUCAGUGUCGUAUCUACUCUAUUAAAGCUAUUUGUUAACUCUCGUGAGUUACACUGUACCUACUGAAGGCCUUGCACGGGGUUUAAGACGUGAUAAAAGUUUUACGUCGCACUCGCUCACGAAGUCGCGCGAUGUGAGUGAGCGCUACACAAAACGUUUGUCACGUGUUGUCUUGCAUCCCGUGCUAGGCCUUCUGACAGUCUAUGGUUCCACAGAAACCCUACAACAUGCCUAGUGAGAAGGAGGUGGACAUGAAGUAUGAUUAUUCUGAGGACAAGUUCUCGAGACUACAGGAUUAUUACAACUAUAUGAAUGCGAGAAUACGCGAGCCACAUAAUCCGGCGGACCGCAAACAGUUGUUAGAAGGUGGCCAAAAACGACUCAAUGCAUUCAUAGACACCCACAUUAAAGACCUAAAGAGGCUUCUGUUCGCCACCGACGCGGCGCUGACUUCUAUGGUUCAGUUGAAGCUGAACAAGAAAAUGGACGCUUCGGAGGAGAAGAUCAGGGCGACACAAGCGAAAAUACCCUUCGGGCUGUAUACUAGCCCUGAGUUCAAGUGUCUGGGCACGUCGUACUACAUCGCGUCGGCACACAGCCAGCAGGACGCGCAGAUGGUUCUCAGCAGCGAGCGCCGCCCGCACUGCUACACCUUCCGCGGAGCAUUCGCGUUCGCGGGCUACUACCACCGCCACUCGGAGUCCACGUACGUGGGCCCGCACGGGGAGCAGUUCCAGACGCGAGACCUCAGCCAGGGCCUCUACUGCCAGUCUGAUGACAGCGACGCGCAGUGCAUUUAUAAAAUAAGUCCCCGUGAAGAGUUCCCCGAGUCCGUGGAGUACGAGCCCAAGGUGUCGUACUGGUGCGGCCCCUACCGCUACUUCCUACCGCCCACCACCGACAUACGAUGCAUCUUCUCCAUAUUCUCCAUGAACUUUGUGUUGAGGUUCGGCUACGAUGGGGUCACUUAUAAGAACCAGGAUUUGUCGUUUAUGUACCAGAACGGGCAGCAGUUCUACACGGACGAGCCGUGGGCCGGGCUCUCGUGCUGGAACUGGGCCUGCAAGUGGCGCCACAACCAGAACCAGCGGUCCAGCGAGUUCAUGGUCAAUUAAAUGAGGUUUUCUAGCAGAAUGUUGUCUUUAUAAAUAAAUUGAUAUCA